UAAGUAACUAUUCUGAUGAUGAUUGCCAGCCAUUUUCUAAUCUCAAAUAUACAAAUUCUGAUAAAUUAACGCCUUUCUCGAUCAUCUAUGAUCGCAAACUAAGCAUCUUUCUAUAGUAACUUGCAGUAAUUGCAGCUUUAAUCCUCACAUCUGACUUUAGUCAGUUCAAAUAAUGUCAUAUUCAAAUGUUCAAAUAUAAAUAUUCUUUUUAACUCUAACUUGCACAGGACCAUGUGGAAUGUUAAACAGAAAUGUUACCAUUUAAUGAACUGUACUAGAGUUUGUUUAAAGCUAAUCUUCACACGCAUAAAAAAAUUCUAGUUUAUAGGCUCAGGAUUUCUAGUUUGCUCUACAUAGUAUUUCUCUUCAGAAACUACAUGAUUAGACCUUUAUGUCCGUCUACACGUGUAAAAUGAAAACCAGAGGCUGUUAAUAACAAACUUGGGUUGUCUGCCUGUUACGUUUAAUCAUUAAAGUCUAAAAUAACAACAGAACUGCUGAGUAAAAUCUUCUACAUCACAACUCACUGUAACAAACCUCUCUGACUGGACAUGUGCUAAACACAGUAACAACUUUUGUUCUUUACAUUAACUGUUGGACCUUUAUGCUCUUAUUUUGAAGGCACCGCCGCCUGUUUUAGUUGGUUUAACUUUGGUUAACUUCACUUCUCUCUCGGUGCUAAACCCUCAGACAAUGACGCCACGAGGGUGAUAACAAACGUUAUCUUGACUGACAGCUGGAGAUGGACAACAGAGCUGCUGAGCUUAUUAUGACUUUGCACUGACAGAGGAGUAUGAGCUGAAGGAGAGCAAAACAGUAUAAUGUCACAUGCAGCAUUUCUGACUGUCCAGUAAAAUCUGCUUGCACUAGAAAAAAAUGUGUGUUAGGUCUAGAAAUAGAACUACACUUCCUUCAUGAGUCCUGUUUCUAGGUGAGUGUGAAGAAUGCAUAAAUAGUUAAUGAUAGACCAACUGGUUUUAAACCUGGUUUAUGUGCUGAUGUUGUGUCCUGGAUUCACUAUCUUUCUGUUACUGAAGUCAACAGAUCUCCAGCAGGAGUGCAUGUGACAUUACAGUUUACAACUUUUGUGUAAGGUUAAAACUGUGAAAUGUUGUUCAUAACUGAGAUUAUGUAGAAGAGUUCUUUCACAUUUCAUUGUGAAGCAAACUCAACUUACAAAAAUAUUCAUGUUUCAAACAAGUUUAGCCCAGUUUUAACACAGACAUCAAGACAUCUGUACUUAUAGGUAUUAAACCCUCGUGCAUUUUAAACUGGUGUCACAUAUACGCUCUCACUGGUAAAACACAAGCAAAACUAAAAUCUGGGGUAUUAAUAUUUUCCACAGCUUGAUGGACCAUAAGGAAAAUCAAUAUGCAACCAUUUCACACCAAAUAUUUAGUUUCCUGCCAUUGAUGAAAUAAAACAUUGAACUGCUUAUCUCUAUAAAAUGUUAUAAUUAUUGUGAUGUUUUCAUUCUUCUUCUUUGUCUUUGUCAAUUGAUGUUUUCUGCUUGUGGUAUUGAUUAUUGUGUUUAGUCUAUGUCUAGUGAUAAAAGCCAAGUGUAAAAAACAUUAUUACAGGAAAUGGAAGGAAUUGAGAUGAAUGACUGUAUUUAAUGUAAUUUAUUUUACUAAAUAUUUUGGUAAAUUGUACUGGUCUUUGUUGAUGUUGAGCCUGGUCCACUAUAGAAAUAAGAACUUUUGGUUAAUUUUUUAACGCAGUUAACAGUUACAUUUUAUCUCUUUAUACAUGGUGAUGAGAUGUUCCUCCAAUCACCGGAAGGCGGCAGCAGCAGCUCUACAACAAAAAACAUCCUCACGAAGAAGAAUGAAACCCGGAUGUGAUGUAAGCGCAGAAUCAAAACAGUUAAAUUUGACAGCUCGGCAUCGUCCAGCGAAAGGCUUAAAAAAUGCAAUGGAAAAUGUUACUACCACCGUUAAAAAUAAACUGUGUUAUCUAAUCAACAUCUUUAGAGACUGGGGUGACUUUUUAUCGGACUGUCGAGGAAUGCUAACGCCAGGAAAAGGCUCUUUUGGCUAGUUUAUCUAGUAGCAGCAGCGACUCUUCUCCGGCUAGUUAGCUUCCCCGGCUAAUGAAAGCUGCUCAAUGGCGAUCUAUGGGCUGAACAUGACCAUAUAUAGACCGGCCACAGAGCUCCCUCGCCGGUGAAAUGUAAACGGUGACUCGCUGGGGAGGCUGACAAAGGGCAAGCAAAAACAAAACUCAGCCUGAAGGGGAGAAAGAUAACAGCCAGGGUGCUAGCUUCACCAUGUCAUCUGACCAGAUUAUUGCCAUCGUCAUGGAUGACAAAAUCUACGAGGUGAAUAAGAAGAAGCUGAUAGAAAAGAGCGACUAUUUCCGUGCACUGUACAGCUCUGGUAUGAGAGAGUCCACGGAGGACUCGGUGCAGCUGCAGGGGCUCAGCGUCCCCGGCCUGGAGCUGGUCCUGGAGUUCAUCAACACCUCCAAAGUCCAGGUUGUCAACGAGACUCUGGAGGACCUGAUUGAGACCGCCUCCUUCUUGCAGGUCACGUCCAUCCUCAAACUCUUGACCUCGGAGAUCCGAUUGGACAACUGCGUGGAGCUGUACAGCCUCUCCGAGGUUUAUGGGACUCAUGAUCUGCGUAAUGCUUGCCUCAAAUACAUGAGCUGCUACUACCAUCCCAUGCUGAGGCGACCUGAGUUCAGCAGCCUCCCCUCUGCUGUUAGAGACCAAGUCAGGGAGAUGCGCAUGAAAGGCACCGCCACCCUGGUGGCCAUCGGAGACUUCACCUGUCUGUCCUUGGACGUGCCUGAUCAGGAUGAACCCUGGUCCAUGCUGAGGUACGGAGAGGUGGAGCAGCGCUGGAAACCACUCGCCAACAACCUGCCUCCAGAUAUGAUCAACGUCAGAGGUUACGGCUCAGCCGUCCUCGACAACUACCUGUUCAUAGUCGGUGGUUACAGGAUGACGAGUCAGGAGAUCUCUGCUGUGCACUGCUACAACCCUUGUAGGAACGAGUGGAACCAGGUGGCUCCGCUCAACCAGAAAAGGUCCAACUUCAAGCUGCUGGCGGUACAGGGGAAGCUGUACGCCGUAGGAGGUCAAUGUCUGGGCACAGUGGAGUGUUACAGCCCGGAGCAGGACUGGUGGACCUGCGUGUCCUCGAUGCCCGACCCGCUGGCUGAGUUCUCCGCCUGUGAAUGCCAGGGAUUGAUCUACGUCAUGGGUGGAUACACCGCAAGAGACAGGAACACAAACGUCCUCCGUUACUGCCCCACCUCUGACACCUGGACAGUGUUUCGCUCCUGUCCAUCACACAUCCGCAAGCAGCAGAUGCUCUCAGUGGAGGACACUAUCUACCUGGUGGGUGGCUACACCCACGAGCUGGAGGCGGGCCGGAGGCAGCGACGUCCCAGCCAGACAGAGGACGUGCUGACGGUGCAGUCUUACAACGUCACCACGGGGGAGUGGAUCCAGCUGAAGGAGAACACGUCCAAGUCGGGCCUGAACCUGACGUGCACGCUGCACAACGACGGCAUCUACAUCAUGAGUCGCGACGUCAGCUUGCCCACCAGCCUGGAGCACCGCGUUUUUCUUAAAUACAACAUUUUCUCAGACGCCUGGGAGGCCUUCAGGCGCUUCCCAGCUCUGGGACAGAACAUGCUGCUGUGUUCGCUUUACCUCCCCAACAUGCUAUGAUUGACAGGGCUGAUGGGAAAGACUUUGGCGGGAACACUAACAGAUAGAGGAGCCCAUGCAGCAUUAAUAUAGGCCAGUGUGUGGCUCGCUUGUUCUUGCACAGAAUGGGGUUCUGUGGCAUUAGUGGGAACAGUGUCUGGUUGCCAGGUUGAAAACCUCGUGACCUCUGUGCCUCGGAAAAAAAGCACUACAUUGUACAUAACUGCUGUGGAUGCAAAUACAAAAGCUACAAUGACAAGUAUGAAAGCGAUUAAGCGCGAUGGCCCGUAGGUCAACAGCAUCAUAACAGCUAGCCCCAGUCUGUGCCUCUCAUGCAUUAGCAUAAAGUUACAUUCAAAUCACAGUGGUACUCAUGUGCUUCUCUGAAUAUAAUCACCCAGUAAUGUUUGAAAAACUCACUGAAGGUGUUUCCAGAGUCUUCAGGCUCUUAACCAUCUGAAUGAAAAAUAUUCUGCAUUCUAACAGAUUUUAAAAAUCUUUUUUUUUUUUUUUAAUCCAGAUGAUUAGAAGAGUCUUCUAGGAUUGUGGAUAUACCUUCAGAACAGUGAUAAGUGCUGUUCAAACAUGGCUAGGUAAUAAUUUACAGAGAAACAAAUGGGCACCACUUUGACUUGAAUGUAACACUGAUACAUGAGAGGCACAAACUGGGGCUACAUAACGGCAUGCUUUUAAAUCUAUGGGCCACAAUAUUCCUGAUGUUUACACUCCAAAUAUGGCAUUGUUGUACAUGUUUAUCCAUAAGUCACUACAAACCUUACAGUAUCUCAGAAACAGAACACAUUUCUUGUCUUUAUGUAGUGUACAUAGCAGAUAAUCAUGAAAAAUGGCUUUGGUUUUACACUGCCAGUUUUAUGGGAAUUAGAAGUUCCUUAAAAGUUACUGUGUGGGAUGUGAAGUGGCUCAGAGGGAGCUUUGCGUGUUGUACGUUACACUUGUCUUAUUUUCCAGAGAUACACUAAGCAGAGCUUAAAGCGCAAUUCCAUGAAAUGAACAAUGCACAUGUGCCUUCUGCAACCUCAGUUAAUAGGAACUUGAAACAAAAAAAAAAAAAGCACAAAAUGCAAGACUUUGUUACAUUGCCAGCAACUGACCAAAACUGCUGUGUUUUAUUUUCCUUUCUGCUAAAGCAGAUUUUGUUUUCAUUUAGGUACUUUUCAGUUCCUUGAUUAAAUAAUGGGUGUGUGCAGAUUUGAAAAAAAAAAAACAA